AUGGUGGAGACGUACUAUUUAGUAAAUGGCAUUCCUUAUUUGGGGAAGACUGGUCACCCGAAAACGGAGUCAUCAGGGGAAUUUUUUUUUCGAAAAGUUACCGAGACAAUUCACGGUACUGAUCGGUCGGUUACGUGCGAUAAUUGGUUUACAAGUGUUCCUCUAUUGAAAACCAUGUACGUACCUCCGUACAAUAUGAAGAUUACUGGUACAAUUCGCAAGAAUAAACCAGAUAUCCCUAAUCAAAUGAAGAUUGGUUCAAGGGAGGUUCCAGCAUCGUCAUUUUGCCACAGCGGAGACGUAACUUUGGUCAGCUACAAGCCGAACAAGAACAAAAUUAUUCUACUUGUUAGCACUAAAAUGACGAAGUUUAACAUUGGAGAAGCAAGGAAACCAGAAAUGGUUUUAUUUUACAAUAAGACGAAAGGUGGUACCGACACUUUCGAUAAACUUUGUCAUGCGUACACUACAGCCCGAGCAACAAAUCGCUGGCCGAUGAGGUUUUUCUUUGGUAUGCACGGGCUUCUGAGACAGACCAGGGAUUCUGACGAGAAAGAAGAGAGAGACCUUGCUUUUGAGAAAAUUGUCUGUGAAUCGGUAGACGAAAUUCUUGUGAGUAAUGACAUUGAAGAUGAUAUUGAUGACUGUUAUGAGACGUCUGAAAAUUCCGCUAGUGAAGAAGAACUAACUGAUGAUGAAGAUGAUAUUGAUGACUGUUAUGAGACGUCUGAAAAUUCCGCUAGUGAAGAAGAACUAACUGAUGAUGAAGGUAUCGCAGCUGAUUUGGAUUUCGAGCUGAGGAAAAUGAAAUAA